AUGGGAAUAUAUAUUUCAAGGUUUUGUAAAUAUUUCAGAGGAAAAGAAUCAAAAGUUUAUUAAUCACAAAAUUCAGGAACAAUGUCAUUACAUAAAUCUAAAAUAUUGGUAUAGAACAACUCUGAUGGAUAUGAUUCAGAGCCAGAAUAACAUUUUAAUCAUGCUGAGUCACUUGUAAAAAUUUAAUGGAAGAAAGGAGAAUUGAUUGGAUAAGGUUCUUUUGGGAGAGUUUAUAAAUGUAUGGAUAUAAAGACUGGAAGAAUAUUAGCUGUAAAACAAAUCGAAUUAGGUUAUGUGGACAAAGAAAGUUUAGAGUCGUUUCAUCAAGAGAUCAAAAUACUUUAGCAACUGAAGCAUAAAAAUAUAGUUGAAUAUUAUGGAUGUGACGAGGAUAAAAAUCAUUUGAGCAUUUUAUUAGAAUAUGUAGGAGGUACCAGUGUGCAUUAUCAAAUCAGGUGGCUCCAUUUCCCACAUGAUGAAAAAAUUCAAACUCAAUCUACAAGAACCAGUCAUCCAAAAAUAUGUGACAGACAUACUCCAUGGUCUUGUUUAUUUACAUAACAAGGGAAUUAUCCAUCGAGACAUCAAAGGAGCAAAUAUAAUAGUAGAUACCAAAGGUGUUUGUAAACUAGCAGAUUUUGGAUGUAGUAUAAUAGGGUCUAAUGCAUAUUCAUUAAAGGGCACUCCUAAUUGGAUGGCUCCAGAAGUAAUAAAUUCCUAAGAGACAGGAAGAUAUUCAGAUAUAUGGAGUUUAGGAUGUACAAUCAUAGAAAUGCUAACAGGUGAACCUCCUUGGGGUAGAUUCCAAUCUCCUAUGUAGGCAUUGAUAACCAUUUCUUCAAAAUAAUGUUCACCACCCAUUCCAAAUAAUAUAUCUUAAAAUCUAAAGAAUUUUUUAGAUAAGUGUCUUUAAUUUGAUCAUAAAAAAAGAUGGAAAGCUAAAUAAUUGUUAUAACAUCCAUUUAUAAUUUCUAUUCCAAAAAAAUCAUUAAAGACAGAUUAAUUUAUGUUUUAACAGAAAUCCACAGAUUAGUAUAACAAUUUAGAUCUGCAUGUUGCACCCUAAUUAGAAGAUAUAAAGAAAAAUGAAGAAUAUUUAGAUAAAGAAUCUCAUCAUAUGAUACUUUCUAAACAAUCUUCUGUGGUAAGUGAUGAAAAACAUUUAUAGUAUUGA